GACAACAAAGGGGGGUGUUAUAAUUUCUCAAUACACCAUAGUGCCCUUCUGGGCAUCAUUGCCAGGCUUUUCAAGGCAUGGGGUCUUUUCUACUUCAUUUCUCACCGAUUUCCCACUCUUUUGGAUUUUUCUUCUUCCGCCUUCCUCUUUAUUUCUUGCUUCAUUCUUACGACUUUUUAAUUGCGAAAGGCUAUGGCUGUCGGUUCAUGGAAAAUCCUCGGAUAUCCGUAACCGAACCGAAAUGUCCUCGGUUCUUUGGUUCAGUCCAGAACCUCCCUGCAUAAG